UUCCGGGUUGUAGCUCUGUAAACAACAACUUGAGGGCAAAACGAUGGGCAAAGCCAGCGUGGUUUAACACACUAGUCGUCCUUUUCUCCUCCGUUCAGUCAUGCUGUUCCUCCGGACGGCUGCUCUCACCUGCAGGGGUCUGACCGCCCUGCGCUGCCUGCCCGCCGGCUGCAGCGCCUCCAGAUUCACCGCUACAUACAUCCAGGGCCAGAGCCCGGAGCCACGUAUCCGAGAGUACUUCUACUACAUUGACCACCAAGGACAGCUGUUCCUCGAUGACACCAAAGUGAAGAACUUUGUUACCUGCUUUAAAGACAUAAAGUUCCUGGUCUUCUUCUUCAGUCGGCUGCGUUCCAACCAGAGCGGUCGCUAUGAGGAGGACUUCCCCUUCUUGUCGCUAUGUGGCCGGGAGAGGAACUUUGUGCGCUGCGAUGACCGUCCCGUGGUCUUCACCCACCUGCUGCAGAGUCCCGCAGGAGAGCCGGAGCUGCUGUCGUACUGCGGCGGGGCAGAGAAGCUGUCCGCCCCGUUCCGCCCGGAGGCGCUGUACAUGCAUCCCGUCAGCGGACGGGUUUACCACCCGUGCUCAGAGCGCGGCGUCGGCCUGGUCAGGUCGGCUCUGGCCAUCGAGCUCAGCCCGUUCUUUGUUUACGCUUCGGAGCACGGCCAAUCGGGACAGCCUACACACUUUAUCUGGGGGGGGCAGCGGCAAACGCUGACCAAUGAGCUCGCGGGAUGCUUCCCCACUGCGGAGGAGACUAGCGGGCAGCAGGAAUGACUGGGAUAACGAACAGAACUGGUCAAGUGGGUGCCUUAGAAUUUGAAAUACUGUCCACGUAAACCAUCUGUGUCCCACACUGGCAGUGAGCAAAGACAAGAGUUGUGAUCACAAUGGGAUCGUUACUGUCUGAAGCCUGAGCUGAUGUUACUUUAUGUAAUGUGAUAUGACAUCUCACUCAUAUUCAUUGAUGAUGCAGAGUCUUUUUUUGGCUUUUUUUGGCUUGAGACCCCUCAAACAAAGCAUCGUCUCAAUUAACCUGUAAAGUAAAGAGCAGCAUUAGAGCAACUUUGCUAAAGGGAAGAGAGCAGAUACUUGGCACACUGAGAUGUUUGUACAUCAAGCAACACCAGACUACAGACAAAGCCUACAAAUAUAUAUAAUAUAUAUCUUAUUUAUAAGAAACGGCUACAUUUUCAGAGUCGCAGAUGUCUGCAGCAGAGUGCUAAACAGUUUAAAUAGUUUCACCAUUUUGGCUGGCUUAAAUUAGAAAAUGUGAUAUAUUCGGUGUGCUUGUGUGGAUUUGAAUCGAAUAGUAUUUAAUGUUCUUGAAAUAUGAUGGAAAGAAAACCCAGAAUGUGAAUCUUGAAUAUAUAUUUAUAAGUGAAAAACAAACUAGAAAGCAUUUUAGAAUAUUCGACUGAAUUUAGGCGCUACAGUCAGAUCCUUCUUUAACAAAGUGAGAUUCUUUGGAUAUUUUGUUUUGUAUUGCUUUAUGUUACAAUCUUGAUAAAUGUUUUACGUGAAA